GCGGGGAAUCCUUUGCUCAAGUCAUACUUGAGUGGCAUCACAGCCCUUCCUCCUCCUUAUUCCAAGGGAGGCUUGGUCCUGAUCGACUUCACCUCAAUCCAUCGGUCUUCUUAACGAUGGCUUCCACCGACUCUUAUCUUGCCAUCCCGGGCUCGGUGGCGUUCUCUCGUUCGCGGGGACAUGCCAUUGCGGAGAGCCUGGGUGUUCAAGAUGUCCGCGCUCAAUGGAUUCACUACGUGCACACUUCCCAGCCUUUGGACCAAUCUCAGCGUGCGGUUCUCGAGCAAUUGCUCACGUAUGGCGACAUCACCGACAUCCCCCCUUCCUUCACUUCCGAUGACGGUCAAUUCGAUACCUUCUACGUCUUCCCUCGAACCGGAACUAUCUCGCCAUGGAGCUCUCAGGCUACCGGUAUUGCCCAGGUCUGCGGCCUUCGUCAGUCUGUCAAGCGCAUUGAGCGCGGUAUGAAGGUUUCAUGCCUUCGCAAGGAAGGAGAGGAGUACAAGGAUGCGUACUUGGAUCUCCUUCAUGAUCGAAUGACUCAGAUUAUUGGCAAGGACGAGCCUGAUCUGAAGCUCAUGUUCUCUGAGCAUGAGCCACUUCCUCUUAAGACAAUCUCUCUUCAAGGAGGUGACAAGUCCCCCAAACAAAUUCUUCAGGAGGCAAACAAGGAACUGGGUCUUGCAUUGGACGAGUCCGAGAUCGAUUACUUGGCUGAGGCUUAUGGCCCGAACGGCGCCAUUGCUCGCGACCCCACCGAUGUCGAGCUUUUCAUGUUCGCUCAGGUGAACUCGGAGCACUGCCGUCACAAGCAAUUCAAUGCUUCAUGGGUGAUUGACGGCAAGCCCAUGCCGAACAGUCUUUUUGCCAUGAUCCGCAACACGCACAAGAAGAACCCCGAAUACACCGUCAGUGCUUACAGUGACAACGCUGCUGUUCUGGAAGGUGGCCCCGCCGCAUUCUGGGCCCCCGAUCCUACUACCGGGGAGUGGACCCACACCAAGGAAGUCGUGCACUUCCUGGCCAAGGUCGAGACUCACAAUCAUCCCACUGCUGUCUCCCCUUACCCCGGUGCUGCCACCGGAUCCGGUGGUGAGAUCCGUGAUGAGGGUGCCGUUGGUCGUGGUUCCCGCCCCAAGGCCGGUCUUUCUGGCUACUGUGUCUCUGAUCUCUUGAUCCCUGGACUGCGUCAGCCCUGGGAGCUCGAGGUGGGCAGGCCGAACCACAUCGCUAGCAGUUUGGACAUCAUGCUGGAAGCUCCUAUUGGUAGCGCUGCUUAUAAUAACGAAUUCGGUCGUCCUUGCACCGGUGGUUACUUCCGCACACUUCUCACCGAGAUUGAUGUUGGUAACGGCCAGAAGGAGGUCCGUGGAUAUCACAAGCCCAUCAUGAUUGCUGGUGGUGUCGGCACUGUUCGCCCUCAGCACGCUCUGAAGAACCCCGACGUUGUCAAGCCUGGCUCUUACCUCGUCGUUCUUGGUGGCCCAGCUAUGCUGAUCGGUCUUGGUGGUGGUGCCGCGUCCAGUAUCACCUCUGGCGAGGGAUCUGCCGAUCUCGAUUUUGCUAGUGUCCAGAGAGGAAAUGCCGAGGUUCAGCGCAGAGCCCAAGAAGUUAUCAACGCCUGUGUUGCCAUGGGCAAUGACAACCCUAUCAAGUUCAUUCACGACGUGGGUGCCGGUGGUCUCUCUAACGCCCUUCCUGAGCUGAUCCACGACUCCGGUCUGGGAGCCAAAUUCGAGCUGCGUGAGGUGGAUAGCGCCGACCGCAGCAUGAGCCCCAUGCAGAUCUGGUGCUGUGAGGCCCAGGAGCGAUAUGUCCUGGCUGUUGGCGAGGACAGCAUCAACAAGUUCACUGCCAUUGCUCAGCGUGAGCGAUGUGGCUUCUCGGUCGUCGGCCGAGGUGGCGGUACCUCCGAGGAGGAGAAGCGACUCAUUCUUCUCGACCGCGAGUCCAAGGACUAUCCUUCGCCUAUUGAUCUUCCCCUCUCUGUCCUGUUCGGCAAGCCGCCACGCAUGACCCGCACUGUCGACUCGCGCAAGCUGACGCUGCCUGCUGUCGACUCCAGCCUCACCAAGUAUCUCCCUUCGCUUUCGUCCAAGGCGGAGCUGCUCAGCGAGGCUGUCAACCGCGUCCUGUCUCUUCCUGCCGUUGGCUCGAAGUCUUUCUUGAUCACCAUUGGCGAUCGUACCGUUGGUGGUCUUACUGCUCGUGACCAGAUGGUCGGAAAGUGGCAGACCCCCGUAUCGGAUGUCUCGGUGACUGCCACUUCUCUGCUUCAAGGAGUCAAGACUGGUGAGGCCAUGGCCAUGGGUGAGAAGCCUCUUCUGGCUUUGAUCUCUCCCGGUGCUUCGGCUCGUAUGGCCGUCGCGGAAUCUCUCAUGAACAUUGCCGCUUCUGACCUUGUCGACCGCCUUAGUCGCGUCAAGCUGUCUGCUAACUGGAUGUCUGCCAGCAGCCACCCUGGUGAGGGUGCUGCAAUCUAUGAGGCUGUUGAGGCUAUCGGUCUUGAUUUGUGCCCCAAGCUCGGCAUCAGCAUUCCCGUAGGCAAGGACUCCAUGUCCAUGAAGAUGAAGUGGAAGGACGAGGCCACCAACGAGCCUAAGGAGGUCACCGCGCCCAUGUCAUGCGUCAUCUCUGCCUUCGCCCCAGUUGGUGACUACCGCAAGACUUGGACCCCCGCUCUCCGCAGCCUGGAGGAUGUUGGUGAGACUGUUCUCAUGUUUGUCGACUUGUCCUUCGGUCGUAAGACCCUUGGUGGCUCCGCCCUUGCUCAAGUCUUCAACGAGGUCGGCACCGAAUGUCCCGAUGUUCGUGACGUCGAACUCUUCCGUGACUUCUUCGAUGCUACUCAGCAGUUGCAGGAGGCUGGCAUCGUUCUGGCCUACCACGACCGUUCCGACGGCGGUCUUCUGACCACUCUCGCCGAGAUGAUGUUCGCCGGUCGCUGCGGUGUGGAGAUCAUGCUUGACAAUAUUUGUUCUUCUUUCCAGACCCAGGACAUUGUUGAGACCCUCUUCAACGAGGAGCUGGGUGCUGUCUUCCAGGUCCGCAAGGAGCACGAAAUUCAAUUCCGCUCUUGCUUUGCCACUUGCGGUCCUCCUCCAGGCCUGAUCCACAAGAUUGGUCGUGUCUCGGAGAAGCAGAAGCAGAACCUGACCAUUUACCACAAGGCCUCCUUGGUCUACCGCGAGCCUCGCUCCAAGCUCCAGCAGAUCUGGUCCAAGACCUCCUACCACAUGCAGAAGAUGCGUGAUAACCCCGAGUGUGCUGACCAGGAGUGGGAGAACAUCCUCGAUGAUGCUAACCCCGGUCUCUCGUGGAACCCUACUUUCGACCCCAAGGACCGUGGCUUGCCUAUCAUGACCAGCCUAUCUCAGUACUCUCCCUUCACCAACAAGCCUCGCGUUGCCAUCCUGCGUGAGCAGGGUGUGAACAGCCAGGCUGAGAUGGCCUUCGCCUUCAACACUGCCGGCUUCGCCGCUGUCGAUGUCCACAUGACCGACAUCAUCUCCGGUCGCGUCUCGCUGGCCAGCUUCGCCGGUCUCGCCGCCUGCGGUGGCUUCUCCUACGGUGACGUGCUCGGUGCCGGCCAAGGCUGGGCCAAAUCCGUCCUGCUGCACGAGAACACUCGCAAGGAGUUCCAGGCCUUCUUCGAGCGUCCCGACACCUUCGCCCUGGGUGUCUGCAAUGGUUGUCAGUUCUUGUCGCGUGUCAAGGAGCUCAUCCCCGGUGCCCGCAACUGGCCCAGCUUCGAGCGCAACACCAGCGAGCAGUACGAGGGCCGUGUCGCCAUGGUCCGCAUCUCGGACCCCGAUCCUUCGCGCCCCAGUGUCUUCUUCCACGGCAUGGAUGGCUCUUCUUUCCCCAUCGCUGUUGCCCACGGCGAAGGUCGCGCCUCGUUCGCCGGUACCCCCGGCCAGACUGCUGCCGACUUUGUCCGCGAAGAUCUCGCUCCGGUCCGCUACGUUGACAACGCUACCCUCAAGCCGACCAUGCGCUACCCCUUCAACCCCAACGGUAGUCCCGAGGGUAUCGCCGGUGUGCGCAGUCCUGACGGACGUGUUCUGGCCAUCAUGCCUCACCCUGAGCGUACCGUCAUGAACGGCAUUGCCAGCUACCUGCCUGCCAACGCCGAGGAGUGGGGCGAGAUUGGUCCUUGGGGUCGUAUCUUCUUCAGCGCCCGACGCUGGGUCGGUUAAGGGCUUGACGAGUAGCCCGAUCCUCUUUGAGGCCUGUUGUCCUAUUUUUUGUCUAUAGUUCCUAUUUUUUGGUCCGGUUCUUAUGGAGUGGUAAGGUUGAAGCUAAAACCAGUGCGGUGAAAAGCAUUUACGAAACUGAAAGAAUGUCAUGGCGUCGAAGCCAUUGCCAGUGCUUCUAUAUGAGAUAUUAGAUAUACCAAAAUCAAAGUAAAUAUUCAAGUUCAUUCAGAAGAUGGU